CAUCGCAAAGAUUCUACUCUGAUUCGGGUCCAGAUUCCUCCACUGGUUUCCUUAUCUCUAGGGUUCUGCUCCCCCUCUCCGCCUUAGUAAGUGAAUCUUCUCCGCUUCGCCGCCACCGGCUUCCAAGACGAGAGCGGCAGUGGGAGAGCCGGGGGGACGUGUUGGAUCCCACGACGACUGGUGGGAGUAGAACAUCAUCUGCCGCUUCCAGCUACAUACGCAUGUCGAGUCAGAUAUGGAAAAAGCUGGAGACUUGGAAGGAGUUCGUGUUUGGUAGAAGCCUCCGAGCGCGCUGAUCGAGAUUAAUCCGUCUCCUAUUUAGUCAUCGGCCUUAAAUAAAUACCCAUCCCAGAGCAGAUUACGCCGCGAACACAGAUUCCUCUGCCUCUUUGUCGCCCCUCUCCCGUGUCUUUAGGUCCUAGCGAGGAUGUCGUACGACUACCUCUUCAAGUACAUCAUCAUCGGUGACACAUGUGUGGGGAAGUCAUGCAUUCUUUUGCAGUUCACUGACAAGCGUUUCCAAGCUAUCCAUGACCUGACUAUUGGUGUGGAUUAUGGAGCUAAAAUGAUAAGCAUCGAGGACAAGCUUAUCAAGCUGUGCAUAUGGGACACUGCUGGCCAAGAAACUUUCAGGUCGAUUACGAGAUCCUACUACAGAGGUGCUGUUGCUGCCCUGCUUGUUUAUGACAUCACAAGAAGGAGGACAUUUGACCAUCUCGCGGACUGGCUGGAAGAUGCAAGGCGACAUGCUAAUGCUGAUAUGACAAUUGUGCUGAUUGGCAACAAAAGUGACCUGGCUCGAAAAAGAGCAGUCAGCACUGAGGAAGGAGAACAGUUUGCCAAAGAUCAUGGCUUGAUGUUCAUGGAAGCCUCUGCAAGGAGUGGAGAGAAUGUUGAGGAGGCAUUUCUUAGCACUGCAGAAAUAAUAUACAAGAGAAUCCGGGAUGGACAAUAUGAUGUUUCGAAUGAGUCUUGUGGAAUCAAAAUUGGCGAGGGAGGAACACAACAUCCAUGUGGGGAAAGGAGUCUCUCUUCUUCUAGAUAUGAUUCUUGCUGUAGCUGAGCUACAACCACAGAAGAGCCUUCUGCUACUGUUCCCUAAUUCUCAUUCCCAGUGUUAAUCUCAUCAUGUCAUCUAACAUCCAGUUCCUAGGUGUAGAAUUACA